CAUUCACUCACACACUUGUCCACAGUGACAAGAGGGUGAGUUGGGGGGAAACCAAGGAAACAUUAGACCACUACAUGGCUGCCUUUUGUCGCCUGUGACAAUAAAAUUUGACAAGUAACUUUUAAAACAUUGACAGGACCAAACCGUACAGAAAUCCACUCCAAGGCUUCCCUGAAUUGGAUGUGUUUUCAUUGUACGAGAGAAGAGUUUUUGGUCCGGAGUUCACGUGAAGUUCCAGGAACAGCUGGAGCAGAAAGAGGAAAAACCUAUAAGGAUCCUUUAUUAACCUCCCUCUCCAGACACCCACAGAGACAUGGAAACAUCCCCAGAUCAUAAUAGACUGCAUGCUGGCAUCUACAUCCCUUGUCAACCCUGAAGUUAUGACAGAGGCCAUGUUUGGGACAGGGAACGAUCAGUGGGUCUGUCCCAACGACCGACAGCUGGCCCUCCGAGCCAAGCUGCAGACAGGCUGGUCUGUGCACACCUUCAGGACAGACCGGCAGAGAAAGAGCCAAAUUCUGGAGCAGCAGGAGGUGGAUAUUAUUCUAAGUGUCGUCCGCAGGGCUGAGCAACUGGAGCUGAUUGAACAGCUACGCAUUGGGAGGCUAGUUGACCGUCUGGACAAGAUGAGGAAGAGCGCAGUGGGAAACGGCCUCUCCCAAUGCUUGCUAUGUGGGGAUGUCCUGGGCCUCUUGGGAACCUCAUCGGUCUUAUGUCAGGACUGCUGCAAGAAAGUAUGUACCAAGUGUGGCAUAGAGACCCAGUGCAGUCAGAAGAAAACCCAUUGGCUAUGCAAGAUCUGCAGUGAACACAGAGAGGUUUGGAAGCGCUCUGGAGCAUGGUUCUAUAAGGCUCUGCCCAAGUAUGUGCGCCCAGGGAAGGAGGGGCCGAGUUGGGCUGCAGUUGGACUGCGAGGGACCCAAAAAGAAGGGCAGAAGAUGUCUAGGAGUCCUACUGUCAGCCGUACCUAUGCAUGGGCGAACAGCAAAGUGGUUUCUAGUGGCAGCGACAGUGAGUCGGACCACAGUGAGCGCAGCGUGGACAGCAAGCUAUCCGACCCGGGUCUCCUGGAGUACAAGCAGCAACCAAACUCAGUGUUGAGUGGGGAGCCGAGCAGGACUCACACAGGGCUGGGUUGGGGCACACAGGGCAGCCUGCUGUCAGAGAGCCCCUCCAGCCUGGCCGGUGAGUCUCUCCACAGCACCUCUACACCCCUGGCACCCUCCCAUCAGGGCUGCGACAUAGACCACGGCCGGCCCUCCCCUAUGUCAAAUUCAAGGCCAGCACAUCCCCUAAGCUGCCUCUUCUUUCCUCAGUUCAGCUGCAUUGCAACAUGGAGACGACCAAUGUGUAACUUGUUGCUAACUGGAAUAUAACAAGUGACCACUUAAUUGUAUAGUCCUUUUUUCUGUGCAUAGUUUUAUUCAUAUUAGUUUAUUCUAAUGAAAAA